AUGACCUUGCCUUCGUUUUCGAACAUCGAAAAGAUGCAGUUUGAGAAAUUGCAGACCUUGGUGAGCAACAUGAGCUGCAAUGAAGAGCAGUCAGCAAAGGUUGCAGAAGUGGUGGGGAAAUUGAAGUAUUUCCAAAAAAAACAUGUCGAAGCACUCUUGGAGCUUCUGGCCAAGCAAUGCUUGGAGGUGAUUCCAGACAAACUCAGCAAACCUAUCAGAGGGCCUUCUGGCGAGGGCCAAGACUAUGGAAGUCUUCAUCGCUACCUCACCAAAAAAGUGUGGGAGGAGCUGCAAGCACCAGACCUCUGCAGCAGAUGCCAUGCUGUGUGCAGCCUCGCUUCAGCCCUUGGUUUGCGGAGCCCGACUGAAAGAACUUUGGGGACGAUGAUCUGCCUCAUGCAUUGGAAAGAAUGGAAUGAUGGAAUGCCAUCAUCGAUGGAGAAGUAUCAAACGUUGCAGGCUGAUAAGCCUUUGACCAGAGCGGUGCUGAAGGAGUACACAUCUAUGAAGCAGCUGAAAGAUCCCAUGGACCAGUUGCCGCCUGUUCCUGCGGACCUACCAGCCUCGCAUGCAAUGGUCUACACGGAAGAGAUUCUGGUUGGCAAAGAGUGCUUUGAGUGGGGGAAGCCAUUGAUUCCUUGUGCAAAGUUGGAGGAGACUGUGCGCACCUACCCUCUACGCAGAUCAGCUGUUGGUGUGAACCCAAGAUGUGGAAAUGUUUCCAAAAAUGCGUGCACACCUUGGUUUAGUGAGCAAGCUUCUGCAAAGCUUUUACCUCUCGAGGAUUUGAAGAAUGACUCCCAGGAAUCCAUGGAAUCGAGUUUUUCUCUACCUGAGGAAACGUUGUCUGUGGAGGAUUCUGUGGAGCUAUCCGCGCUUGUGCCUGUCAGCAUGCCUGAACCUGUGAGCAUGCCUGUGCCUGUCAGCACGCCUGAACCUGUGAGCAUGCCUGUGCCUGUCAGCAAGCCUGUGCCUGUGAGCAAGCCUAUGCCUGCGAGCAAGCCUGCCAGGAGUGUUGCUGAUACCUUGAAGUCUUUGAAGGAAGCCUAUAUGAAGGACAACAUCAAAAGGGAUGCGGAAAAGAAGGAAGAUCCUGAAGAGAUUGCGGUGCAGAAGCAAGAGGAGCCAGAACCGGUUAAGAUCAAGAAGAGGAAAAAAAAUGAGCCCACGGAGAGUGCACCUGAGAGGAAGAAAAAACAAAAGAAGGACACGGAUGUCAAGGCUAUCCUUGCUUCUGUUUCGUCUAAGAAAGUAGAGCCAGCACCCGCUGAGGAGAACCCAGCUGGUGUCAAGAAACAACAAAAGAAGCCAGCUGGAAACCGAGACAACAAGCCUGGAGACAACAAGGCUGGAGACAAGAAGACUGGUGUCAAGAAGGUGAAGGACGUCUGUCGGCAGAAGAAAAGAGAAAAACCUCCUCUCAAAAUGGAUAGGAAGAAUGUGUGCAGCAGGGCAUACCACAAGGAGCUCAAGGAAAAGUUGAAAACUAUGAAAAAGGACGAAGCCAAACACUAUGCCCGGUUGGCUCACCAGAAGGAACAGCCAGACAACCAACAGGGUCUCUUUGGAGACUCCAUGGACUUGACACAGAACACCAUGCCACCUGAGUCCAUUGCAGAUACCGUGGAAAUUCAUGACACAGGGGUUGAUGGCACGGAGAGGAAGACCACCGAGGAAGUGGAACAGAAGGAGGAAGUGGAACAGAAGGUCGAGAAGGACUUGAAGAACAUUGUCCCGUUGAAGGUCAAUCCCAAUGCCUCUGUGGAGGAAAUGGCGUUCCAGGACUUGCAAUUCAAACGCUUGCAGGUCCACUACUGCAAGCAUUGCAAGGAAGUGGUUGACACAGAGAACCCGGAAAAGCAGCGGGCAGUCAAGAAAAAGAAGCACGUUCAGAUGGCAUGCAAGCAAUGUCACAACUUGGUCACCCAGAUGUAUAAGAACUGGGACAUGAAGCAGCUCAGCUUGAAGAAUAUGUCUGAAGAAGAGACUACGCAGUUUUUCAAGGACGCAAAGACUUUCUGUGGUGGCUCUUUCGCCAAGGGCAAGGUCAGAGCAUUGUUGGAGAAGAAGCUAAUCCAAUAUGAGACCAACCAGGUGGAAACAAAGGUCAGAGGAAAAUUUCUACCCUUAUCGGUAUAUGCGAAAAAAGGCUACAAUACAGAACACAUCGAAGCAAAGGCAGAGCGCAUGAAGAGCGACAUGUUUGGUUACGUCUACCGAGUCCCUGUGCUUGAAGUGAACUAUGCCCACAUAGAACAAGAAGUUCGGGAGACUUUGUUGAGGGCAGAGCGGAAGAUUGCGCCUGGAAAACGCAAGAAGGGAGAUCAGGAGAAAGAUGAAGACGAAUGUGAGCAGGACUACAUGAGUAUUAGCUCGGACGAUGACAAACCCAAGGUCGUGUAUGUGCAGGGUGGUCCCAAAGGGAAAGCAAAGGCAGCCCCGAAGAAAGCUGCAAAGCCUGAUUUGACCGAGGAGGAGCUCAAGACACUGAAGGAGGAGAAUGCCAAGGUCAACAAACUCUGCAAGAAGGUGCAGACCAUGUUGGAGCCGGUGCUCAAGCAGUGCAACAAGCCUUCGAAGGCACAGGCAGCGCCCAAGAGCUUCCAUGACCAGAUCUGGGCUGCCAAGGAGAUCGUUAAGGGUGCCAAGAAGAUUCAGGAGAAGUACAAGGGCAGGACCUGGGAGGCUUUGACUUUCGAUCACACGUUCGAAGUGGCGAAAGACUUGAAGGAAUCAUUGCUUAAGGGUUGCAAGUGCAUUGACUCAGUGGAGAGCAUGAUGAAUGGAGGAUUCGAUGAGGAGCUGAUCAAGUCCAUGGCAGAAAGUGCUUCUGAGAAGAGAAAGGAAAUCCAGAAGCGUGCUGACAAGGCUGAGUUCCACUGCUUCCUGACUCCUGGCACCAUGGAAGCCCCACCAUCUGGCUUUUGUGUCAUGUCCGAUGGGUCGCUGUUGUUGGGGGAGGAGAUGGCCAACACCCGCAUUGACCCAAUGACUUUGAUGCUGAUGAGCAUUUGCCAGCAGAAGCUUGCUGAGAAGGAUCGUGAGGCCCAACAAAGCAGCUCGGAGUCUGAGUCAGAGCAGGGCGAGACUGAAAACAAAGCUGCAGGGAGCUCCAUGGAAAAGGAGAAAGGGCCAGAAGAUGAUGCAACAGAGAAGAAAAAAGGCAAGGACAAGAGCAAGACGGCAAAGCGCACGAAGAAGCAGAAGAAGAACUUCUACAAGAAGAAGUGA